UCAUCCAGAUACUGAUCGAGAAUUUCUGUUUCAAGAUGGCGGCCAUUAGGUCUGGAAGAACAGCGGCUGUGCUGUCCUCAGUGUCCCUGCAACUGCUCCUUUAUCUCUCAGCUGUUUACUCCCUCUUCUACUUCCUCGGCACCCUCAGCAUGAUUAUCUACAAGAGCCAGGCACUGAGCUACCCAGGCAAGAUUUUACUCCUAGAUGUGUGUCUGCUGCUCCUAAUGGCCGUGCUGGAGUCUCUGCGACUGUACUGGGGUGUGAGAGGUAACCUGCAGGAGAGUGAGCGCUGUGUGGGGUUCAGUCUUGCCCUGACUCUGGUCACCACACUGUUUGCUGUCUACUUCCUGCUGUGGCAGGCUUACGUCUUGCAAGCAGACAUCAUCAUUGGCACCGUACUGCUGGUCCUCUACGGGCUGUCUGGUGUCCUGGGGCUCGUCACCCUGGCCCGAUUCAUGAGUGCCUACUCCUGAGAGGUUUAUGUCUGCAUUCUGCCCCUGUGCCUGUUGAACGCCGCCUGUGGAACAUCUUCCCAACCAUAAAACAAGCUCAAGUAGAUCUGCUGUGCGCCAGGAGGUCAUUAACCUAAGGAUCGGAUGGACCCUGAUCAUAAGCACCACUGACAGGCAGUUAGUCCAUAGAAGCACAAGUGUGAAGAGAUGCAGAAUUGAAGGGCUUUUGUAAUUUUGAGCAUUCAAAUACCUUAUAUUGUUAGUGGCACAACAAAUGGCCAUGUCAGCAAUUAUCGAUCAUCUUCUCUAUGUGUAUUUGUGUCGUUCUGUAUAAGGGCGUCUGUGAUCCUUCCUUAGCCUUUGUGGGGGACAAGAGACCACAUAUAGGGUCAGGAACUUCCACGCAUUUAUUAAUAGAAAAGUGUCAUUAAAAAUGUGACUGUUGGCCCUUUGAAUCAUACAAUGUCAGAAGUGAGGCUCUGCUUCUCUUUCUCUUUGGUGCUCUGACUGCCUGUUUUUCUGGAUAAAAAAUCCCCCCCCCAGUUAUUGUCAUUUGUGGUCUUUCCCAGAGAUUUCUUUUUAUUAUUUUAAGUAAUGAACCCAUUAUAAUGAAUGCUAUUGUGUUAAAUAUUUAUUCGGAAGCUUUCAA